AAAAUAAACAGAAUCGGAAGAAGAGACCCGCAAGGGUAGAUGGAGUAUCGGUUGUUGAGCGAGGCAAGAGUCGCGUGCGAUGGCCGGUAAGAAGGAGGAGUUCUCGUGCGAGAUGUACAGCAACAAGUUCUUCCUGCUGUGUAUGGCCGGAGGCGCCGUGGCGUGCGGCUCCACGCACACGCUGGUCACGCCGCUCGACCUCGUAAAGUGCCGGCUACAAGUCGACCCGGCCAAGUACAAGUCGAUCUUCCGCGGCUUCGGCGUGUCGUUGCGUGAGGGCGGCCUCGCUAACAUCGUCAAGGGCUGGGCACCUACGCUCAUCGGAUACUCGAUGCAGGGCGGCGUCAAGUUCGCCGGAUACGAGUACUUCAAAUACGCGUUUGCGAACCUGACGGGUGAGGAGAACGCGUACCUCUAUCGCACCUACCUCUAUCUCGCCGCCUCCGCUUCCGCGGAGUUCUGCGCGGACGUGUUCCUGUCGCCCUUCGAGGCGACUAAGGUGCGCAUCCAGACGACACCGGGCUACACGUCCAAGAUGCGCGUGGCCAUGCCGCAUAUGAUGUCAACAGAGGGCAUGGGCGUAUUUUAUAAGGGUCUGGUGCCGCUGUGGGCGCGCCAGAUUCCUUACACGAUGAUGAAGUUCUCGUCAUUCGAGAAGACGAUCGAGCUGCUGUACGAGCACUUUGUACCGAAGCCGCGCAGCCAGUGCACUAAGGAGGAACAGCUGGUGGUAACUUUCACCGCGGGCUACAUCGCAGGCGUGUUGUGCGCUAUUGUGUCGCACCCCGCCGAUACGCUCGUUUCCAAGCUGAACAAAGAGCCGGGCGCCUCCAUCGGUGGUCUGGUGGCCGAGCUCGGCUUCUUCGGCAUCUGGCGCGGCCUAGUAGCGCGCAUCGUCAUGAUCGGCACACUCACCGGCCUGCAGUGGUUCAUCUAUGACGGCUUCAAGGUGUACACGGGUAUGCCGCGUCCGCCGCCGGCCGAGAUGCCGCUCUCGCUCAAGAAAAAGUUAGCUGGUAAAAAGUAA